GAGCAAACAUCCAGGUGGCGAGUUCGUCUCUCUGCCGACUUUAUCACAGAGGAGAACUUUACCUGAGAGGACGUAUAGCAACAGCUCACAGCCCAGCCCAGCGAGAGCAAAGGAGGGAGAACUUUUGGCUACUGCUCCGUGUUUUUUUUUUAUACCACAUCUCCGUAACCUUGGAAGUCAGACCUGUUUAUUGUGAGAGGAUGGGACCGCAACUCCUUUCCCUCGCCCUGUGUUUGGGCGCCGCUGUCCUGCAGCAUGUGAAAGCAGCAGAUGGUGAGGAACCAACUUCAGCAGGCCCUUGCCAUCCAAACCCUUGCCACAACAGAGGAGCAUGUGAGAUAAGUGAGACCUACAGGGGCGACACCUUUAUUGGUUACGUCUGCAAGUGUCCACCAGGCUUCAGUGGAGUUCACUGCCAACACAAUAUUAACGAAUGUGAAAGGGACCCAUGCAAGAACGGGGGCAUUUGCACAGAUCUGGUUGCCAACUAUUCCUGCGAAUGCCCAGGGGAGUACAUGGGGCGGAAUUGUCAAUACAGAUGCUCUGGACCGCUGGGCAUGGAGGGUGGUAUAAUCUCCAACCAACAGAUUACAGCCUCUUCCACCCACCGCGCUCUCUUCGGCUUGCAGAAGUGGUACCCGUACUUUGCACGCCUCAACAAGAAGGGCCUGGUCAAUGCCUGGACUGCUGCCGAAAAUGACAGAUGGCCAUGGAUCCAGAUAAACCUGCAGAGGAGAAUGAGGGUCACAGGCCUAAUUACCCAGGGUGCAAAGCGUAUCGGCAGCCCAGAGUACGUCAAGUCUUACAAAGUAGCCUACAGUGAUGACGGGAAGACCUGGAGAACUUACAAAGUCAAGGGCAAAGAUGAUGAUAUGAUUUUCAGAGGAAAUGUCGAUAACAACGCUCCAUCAGCCAACUCCUUCACCCCUCCCAUUGCUGCCCAGUACGUGCGCAUUUACCCCCAAGUCUGCAGGAGGCACUGUACCUUACGCAUGGAGCUGCUCGGUUGUGAGCUAACAGGCUGCUCUGAACCACUGGGAAUGAAGUCAGGCCAUAUUCAGGACUACCAGGUCACAGCCUCCAGCAUCUUCAGGACGCUCAACAUGGACAUGUUCACUUGGGAGCCUGGAAAGGCCCGGUUGGACAAACAAGGCAAGGUCAAUGCUUGGACAGCUGGACACAGUGACCAGUCACAGUGGCUACAGGUGGACUUGCUUGUGCCUACUAAGGUGACAGGUAUCAUCACCCAAGGAGCUAAAGACUUUGGCCAUGUCCAGUUUGUUGGCUCAUACAAACUGGCGUACAGUAAUGAUGGUGAGCGGUGGAAUGUAUAUCAAGAUGAGAAACAGGGGAAGGACAAGGUAUUCCAAGGGAACUUUGACAACGACACACACCGAAAGAAUGUGAUAGAUCCACCCAUCUACGCUCGGCUCAUCCGGAUCCUUCCCUGGUCAUGGUACGGCAGGAUCACUUUGCGUGCAGAAGUACUCGGCUGCACAGAGGAAGAGUAAAGUCCUUUCGUCCAUCUUUCUUGCCAUCGUCCCCCAUCCCUUGGCAUACUGGAGUAUCUCUCCCAGUAUUUCAAAAAUAAACUGUGCAACCUGUAAAAAGAAAUCAAUUUCCAACGGAUUUUUCAAUAAUACGUGUUUGGUUGUGGUGGGUUGCUGUUUGUUCUUUUUGUACAAUGAUUUAAAACCUACCCUUAAUCCAGUUUCUUCUUUUAGUUCCUUCUUCAAAGUGUGAUCUUUGUCUUUUUAUUCUUCUCAAGAUUUACCAUCCUGUUUGGAAUGUAUUUCUGUAAUAUAUAUAUAUGGGAGGGGUGGGGUUGGUAGUGGAGUUGGAGAGGGGUUCUCGCUGUGGUUUAAACUUGUUGCCAUGGAAGCUAUUGUACAGUGUCACUUUUUAACAAAGAUGUGAAAUCUGUCUGCCAUGCUUCAUUGGACAUAAUUAACCAACUUCAUACCAUAACUAUUAAACUGUCUAAAAUACCAUGUAGAGAUCACACGUUAUCACAUUAUCAAAUAUAUUUUUACUUUGAUUACAACACUUCCUCAAGCCAUGCUUUUACCCUAAUGGGCACUGGCAUUACUACUACAUCAAUCAAAACACUAUUAAUGCUCUUGUAUUAUAUGUAAAAGACUAAGAAAUUGCAUGGUGCGUGAAUUAUAAAUGUAUAUUAUGACAAAUCAUUUAAAACCUCCAGCCCUGAGAGCAAUGGCUUUGAUUUAGGGACCUAUUUUUAUGUGCAUUUUUAAGUAGUUCUGAAACAUUACAACACACUGCAAAAGCUUACUGAAGAUAACUGAUAUGUGAGACAAUAAACACGCACUACAGUUAAACGUGGCACUGCAGUACUGACACUGAAACUUGUAGACCGUCUCUAGUUGAAUUGUCUCAAUGCUCUAAUAUUUGAUGAUCGCUACACUUUUUCUAAGAUAUUUGGAAUUAUUGUUUGUGCUUGUUCUUUUUUGUAUUUAUUUAGAUUUAUUUGUCUCAGCUGUCCGAUGCAUAAACUCUGUGUUUAAUGUCUCACUGUUGUCUUGGAGAUCUAAGUUGUAUCAAUUACAAAGCUCAGGAUAGAUGUCAUUCAUAAUUUUGACCCACAAAUGUAUCAAUUUUGGCCACUUAUUUUAAGAUUUCUUUAUUAUUAUUUAAAGAAAAUGAUGAAUGAGUAUGAGCAGUUAUUUAAACCAUGUCCAUGUAUGCAUAAUUCAAAUAUUGAAUGCAGUCUUUUUUUAAUCAAUCCCUUUGAUACAGUAUGAUAAAUGAUAAUUGUUAAUUAAUUUCUUCUUCUU